AUGCCAAUUGAUUUUGAUAUUAAAGUGAUAAGAAAUGAUGUUCAGAGCACUUCUAAAAGAUUAACAUCAAUAUGGGAUGUUAUUCUUUCUGAAAAUACUAAAUUAACUUCUUUAACCCUUUCAAAUAAUGCAAUUAGUGCCGAGGAGGCUGAUUAUUGGGUUAAUAUUGAUUCUAAUAGUCAUGAAGCUCAAUCACAGAGAAAUCGUAUUUCUUGA